AUCACAUUGCACGAUCAAAAGUCAAUAGAAUGAUCCUACUUAUUGACUCAUACGACUCAUUCACUAACAACCUUGCCAAUCUCUUGGAGGUCAAUGCAGGGCAAAAAGUUGUGACAAUCAGAAAUGAUUCCUUUGAACCCGAAACCUACGAAGAAUUUUUCCACAGUUAUCUACCAUUAUUCGAAUACGUAGUAGUAGGACCAGGACCAGGACAUCCCUCCAUCGAAUCAGAUGUAGGUAUCAUCAGUUGGCUUUUCCGCAGAUAUCGUGACAAUCCAGACCUUACCGCAGUACCAAUUUUGGGUAUUUGUUUAGGUUUCCAGAGUUUAUGUUACGAGUUUGGCAAUGAGGUAUCCAGAUUGACACAGGUCAAACACGGUCAGGUGUACGAGAUCCAUCCUAUAUCAGAAGACACAAUCCUUGGAGACGGUACUUUCAAAAGUGUAAGAUACCAUUCAUUGUAUGUGGAAAAUUUGAAUGAUAGCAUCAUUCCGUUGGCUCAUUGCUAUGAGACGGAUGGCAAGAAAAUUUUGAUGGCAGUGAAGCACAAAGAGCUUCCUUUUUAUGGUGUUCAAUACCAUCCGGAAUCAAUCUGCUCUUCAAACGGAGAUUGCUUGAUUUCCAACUUUACAAACAUGGCAAAUGUGUACAAUCAGAAAUUUAGGCCAGAAGCCUUGGGCAUCAACUUGACUAACUUACCAAAGGGCUUGAUAGAAGAUCAUGCUAUUAGUGAAAAGUCUUUGAUUUCAGAUGGUUUAUUCGCUGAUACUACCAAGAAGCAAGAUAUUUCAUUGAAAAAAUUCCAAUUGGGCUCAGGAAUACUCCCAAUUGAUAUUUGUGAACAUCUAUAUAAGAAGAACAAGAGGGCAAAUUUCAUUCUUUUGAAUUCAGCAUCCAUACCAGGUGAAUGGUCCAUUAUUGGAUUUCCAAUUGAUAACGAGACAGAAGUGAUAACGCACUCUUUGGACGAAGCUUCUGCAGUGAAAAGUUCAAGUUAUGGCUCCCAUGAAAGUACGAAGAUAGAACUCAAGGAUGGCCAGACUCCUUGGAAAUACAUAAGCGACAAGAUGGCUACCAAAUUUAUAUCGAGAGACAGAAUCAAGAAGACUCUUGGAAAUUAUCAUUCCAGAAAUUUACCAUUUUUUGGAGGGUACUUAGGUCUCAUAUCUUACGAAGAGGGACAACACAUUUUGCUCGAUAAACUUGAACCUAUUUCCUCAACCCCAACUCCAGACUUGAAAUUAGCUUUCAUUACCCGUUUUAUGAUUUAUGACCACCUUACUAAUGAUUGGUUUGUUGUCUCCAUUAGAGAAAAUGACGCAGAGUGGGUUGAGUCCUUUUCUGAAGAAGCUGCUGGGAUCGAAAAAGUUGAUAUCGAUAGCAUUCCUUUUACAGUUGCCGAUUUAUGUGAAGAGGCCGAUAAAGUAAGCAUUCAGUACGAUUUUCCUUCUCAGUCAAUUUAUAAGGACCAAUUUGAAAAGUGUCAAGAGUACUUGCAUUCUGGAGACUCCUACGAAUUGUGCCUCACUACACAGCUGAAAAUUAGCUUACCUUCAUAUAUCCAGCCUUGGGAUAUAUAUAAGGUCUUGACUCUUCGCAAGAAUCCUUCCCCAUUUUCAUGUUUCAUGGAGUUUGACGAUUGUGUACUUAUCUCAUCAUCUCCAGAAAGAUUCUUGUCAUGGAAGGAUGAUAACGAAGGCAAGAAAUUGGUUGAGCUUAGACCCAUCAAAGGAACUGUUCGUAAUACCCCUGAUGUUGAUAUAAAUGCUGCAACAGAGAUUUUGAAAACACCGAAAGAGAUGGGAGAGAACCUCAUGAUCGUUGAUUUGAUUCGUCACGACUUAUUCGAAUUUGCUCAAGAUGUUCAAGUUUCGCAGUUGAUGUCAGUGGAGGAGUAUAAAACAGUCUUCCAGUUGGUUAGUGUCAUCCAAGGAAAGAAUAUCAAGCCAGGCUACAGUGGUAUUGAUGUUCUUCACAAGUCCUUACCUCCUGGUUCGAUGACAGGAGCGCCUAAGAAGAGAUCAGUUGAGUUAUUACAGCAAAUUGAGUCUAUGCAAAGCAGUGGUCCUAGAAGAGGUAUUUAUAGUGGAGUGGUGGGAUACUGGUCGGUCACGGAUGACGCAGAUUGGUCGGUUAUCAUUCGUUCUACUUUCAGGUACACUAACGACAAGGCAAACAAGGCAGGCAACGACACCUGGAGAAUUGGGGCUGGGGGUGCCAUCACCGUAUUAAGUGACCUCGAAGGAGAAUGGGAAGAAAUGAAAAUCAAGCUUUCUUCAGCAUUACAAGCAUUCAAAUAGUCACCUGUAUAUAGUCCAUAGAGAUAGAGAAUAGAUUUGUUUUUGCAUUCCAGAAGUGUUACGCUACCACCUCGCA